CCGCCCACCAACUCAUCCGCCCCCAUUUGCGCGCACUUGCCCAUCAUGUCCCCGCUGUUGCGCCCACUCGUCUACAAGGAGAACCAUGUCACGGAGUUGCAGAGGCACGUCCAGGCCUCGCAUGAACCGGUCUACUACCGCCUCCCUCGCGGGAAGCUGUACGUCAAGUCGUACUACGCCGUGUUCGCGGGAACAAUGGCGUUUACCCUCUACGGCGCGUUCUCCCUCAUAAGGGGCAAGCCUUCCACGCAGUAGAGUGUGUGCGCAUGUCGACCGUAGGGCUUAGACAAUGUAAUUCUUCGACUAUUAUGUCUCGCCGUGCACAAAGAAAGACAACGCUGCAAUACGAUUAUCUUUCGUUAUGAUGAGAUAUAUGUCCACCGUCUACGCAUGGACUUCGUGGGUCCUCCGCUCAGGCCGGUUGAGCAAUCGGGUGUCACGUCAUCAUUGAUCCUUUUCUUUUCUGCUACAAUUUCUUUGAUUCUCUGUAAGACUGGCUACCGAAAUGCACGGACAUGGAAGGUGC